GGAACUAAAACCUUGGGGGAGGAGCUUGAGCGCCAGCUACUGCCCCAGUUCUUCCAGCAAUUGGGGUCAAGUGUCUAGUUAUUGUCGUUCCGCUGUACGUACGCGAUCUUACUACAGAGACUCGUUUGCCUGGCAGCCAAAGCCGCACACGCGAGCGGCAGCAGGGAAUGGAAGAGGAAAACGCGGGCAGCUAUUCCCUUCCGCAAGCUCAAGCUUUUUAUACAUUCCCAUUUCAACAAAUGCUGGCUGAAGCUCCUAAUAUGGAAACCAUGAACGAACAGCAAGUGCCAGCAGAAGUUUCAGUUCCAGCUCCUGCUCAGGAGCUCGUACAAGAGGCUCCUAAAGGAAGAAAAAGAAAACCUAGAACAACAGAACCAAAAAAGCCAAUGGAACCCAAAAAACCUGCCACACCAAAAAAACCUGGCAAGUCCACAAAAUCAAAAGAAAAACAAGAAAAAAUUACAGAUACAUUUAAAGUGAAAAGAAAAGUAGACCGUUUUAAUGGUGUUUCAGAAGCUGAACUUUUAACCAAGACUCUCCCUGAUAUUUUGACCUUCAAUCUGGAUAUUGUGAUUAUUGGCAUAAACCCAGGACUAAUGGCUGCUUACAAAGGGCAUCAUUACCCUGGACCUGGAAACCAUUUUUGGAAGUGUCUGUUUAUGUCAGGGCUGAGUGAGGUCCAACUGAAUCAUAUGGAUGACCAUACUUUACCAGGGAAGUAUGGUAUUGGAUUUACCAAUAUGGUGGAAAGGACAACACCAGGCAGCAAGGAUCUUUCCAGUAAAGAAUUUCGUGAAGGAGGACGUAUUCUAGUGCAGAAAUUACAGAAAUAUCAGCCACGAAUAGCCGUGUUUAAUGGAAAAUGUAUUUAUGAAAUUUUUAGUAAAGAAGUUUUUGGAGUAAAGGUUAAGAACUUAGAAUUUGGACUUCAACCCCAUAAGAUCCCAGACACAGAAACUCUGUGCUAUGUUAUGCCGUCAUCCAGUGCAAGAUGUGCUCAGUUUCCUCGAGCCCAAGACAAAGUUCAUUAUUACAUUAAACUGAAGGACUUAAGAGAUCAGUUGAAAGGCAUUGAACGAAACACAGACGUCCAGGAGGUGCAGUAUACGUUUGACUUACAGCUUGCCCAAGAGGAUGCCAGGAAGAUGGCUGUUAAGGAAGAAAAAUAUGAUCCGGGUUAUGAAGCAGCUUAUGGUGGUGCUUAUGGUGCGAAUCCGUGCAAUGGUGAACUCUGCAGCUUCUCUUCAAAUGGGCUGACUGACAGUGCAGAAUUACAGGGAGAAUCAACUUUCAGUGACAUUCCAAAUGGGCAAUGGAUGACCCAUUUGUUUACAGACCAGAUUCCUUCCUUUAAUAAUCACUGUGGGAUGCAAGCACAGGAAGAAGGAAACCGUGCUUAAGAAUGGUGCUUCUCUACUCUGCUUAAAUGCUGCAGUUUUAAUGCAGUGGUCAAGAAGUGAACCUCAGUUUGCGAACUGAAGUAUUUUAUUAGUAUUCUACUCUAGUGGUAUAAUCAUAGUGCAGAACAGUUGUGUCAUAGAAUCAGCUGUAUGAACUAGGUAGCUUGGAAGGAAGAAGUAGGGGUUUUUUUGUAUAUGAGUUUUUAUAUGUGACUUCAUCAUCAUUCCAGUUUUUUAUAAACUAUAUUUCAUUUAUGAAGAAAUUGAUUUUCUUUUGCAAGUCACUUUUAAUCUGUAAUAUUUAAAUGCAACAAUUUGAAUAUUUAUAGUUGAUUUUUAACUUACUGUGCAUAGACCUAGAUACACCAUUAUCCCCUUUAUGCCUAAGAAAAGCAUGCUAAUAAUACGAAUUAUCACUGGUAAAGAGGCAUAUGUGUUGGCUUUCAUAUAGGAAGCUAACCCUCAGUGGAGUCUUGUUUGGUGGUUUUUAGAGGUGUUGGAUAGCUCCCUGAGUUAAAUUCACACUCGGACCUCUUUGCUUUACCAGUGGUGAGCAUUUGUGAGAGAUGCUUAGUAGUAGAAAUGUGGAGUAUGGACUUGCAGCAGCAGAGCUAAACCAGCCUUACCUGGCAGGGCAUUGAGCCUUGGCUUUGGCCUCCACCUGUCUGUUAAUCCUCUAGUAGACAAACUAUUCUGCUGGGAUGGUAAGUUCCAGAGAAUAUUGUAGACCUUUUAAAUUUUGUCCCUUGAUCUGUGUUUUACUUGAGAACCUGAAUUUGAUAGAGAAGAAACUGAACUUCUCUCUCAACAUCUGUCACUGAUUCUGAUAUUGCCCUCCUUGGUUUUGUGGCUGUGACAUGGGAAGUGGUAAGAAACGAACUUUCAGGCUGAAAAGAAGAUGCUGGAGGUGUUUGAUAAUCUCAUUUAAACUGGUGCUUUAUGUAUGUGAAAUGUACAUAAAAUACAUAAUACAGAAUUUUUAUUGCUAGAUAAAUCUAAUAAGCCAGUAAUUUAAAGAAUCCUCUCUUUCCAUCAUUGCUGUUUGUUACUGUGGAGUGGGUGAACCUCAUGGAAGGGUUAGUUUGAGUUAUGUACCUUUGUGAUUUUCUAGUGCAUUUUUCCUUGGUGCUACAAACAGUCCACAACUACUAGGUCUGGUGGAUAUUAAAACUCUGUAUUCAGAUGCCAUUUGCAUUCACUGCUGAUCAACCUGAAUAUUCUGAUUUCAGACAUACCCAGGGAGCAUGCUGUUUUUUUAGUAUGAAAUAUUUAUAAGGGUCGUCCCCCACCCCCCAGGAAAUUAUAAGGCCUCGUUCUUCUCUUUAUAAUAAGAGAAACAGAUUCUUGUGAAUCUAAAUAUGUUUUUAGCUGUGGCUGUGAUAGAACUUUUUUUUCCUUAAGUCUAGAUUAAGCUGUGUAAAAGUCAUUCAUGUUAUUUAAAUGAUGUACUGCUGUUUACAUGGACAUUUUGUGCAGGUGCUUUGAAGUGCCUUGCAUCAGGGAUUAGGAGCAAUUGAAUUAUUUUUUCAUGGGACUAUGUAAAGCAUGUAACUAGGUCUUGCUUUGGUAUAUAACUAUUAUAGCUUUACAGUAGAUUUUUUUUUAUUCGAGUGGAGAAAAUACCCUUUAAAUUAUGACAGGCACUCACUAGAGAAUGGGUUUGAAGGUUUUCCAAGCGUACAAUAAUGGUGGUGUUUUUCAUUAAAUGAUACAGAUGAGUAGUAAAUGUUGACUUUCCAUGUACAUGACCAUAUGAGACUUUUCCAUUAAAUAAUAUUGAAAAGGUUUUUAAAUUCAUUUGAAAGUCUGAUGGUUUUUACAAUAAAGGAUAUUAUAAGUAGUUAUCCUUAAGUUGCUGGCUUUUUCUUUUCCCUUUAAGCCUGAGAUCAGUUUACUUUCUGUUGUUAACAUGUAUAAUAAUAUAUGUAAUGAAAAUAUGAA